AAAACGCAGGAGGAUUGAAUUCUAUCAAAGACUCGAGCAACUCUCGAACGAGUACUCUAAACCCUGAGUUUAACAAAUGUUAUUCUCUGCCUUGUCGUUUUCCCGACAACACUACGCUGACUAUCAAGUUGAUGGAAAAGCAUUCUAUUAUGGGCGAUACGAACAUAGGCGCUGCAGUGAUCGAUAUUGAGAAUCGAUG